AUGGCCCUCGCCGCGAGCUCCGUUCGCUCUCCCAAUGGCGCCUCGUCGCUGCGCUCAGGACGCGUCAACGUGGUGCUGCUCGCCCUCGCCCACGCCUUCGUGCCGCUGGUCAAGGCGCUGCCCACGAGCUUUGGCGACACAAUACACGCCCUCCACGGCGAGCCCGAUCCCAAGUCCCCUGAAGAUGCAUCGCUCUGGAUCUACCUGAGCAUUGCCCUGCUGCUCGUGCUGGGCGGAGGCAUCUUCGCUGGAUUGACUAUCGCGUUGAUGGGCCAGGAUGAAAUCUACCUCCAGGUGCUCGCAAACUCGGGCGAAGGCAACGAGCGCAAGAACGCAAAGAAGGUGCUCGACCUGCUCAACAAGGGCAAGCACUGGGUCCUGGUCACGCUUCUCCUGAGCAACGUCAUCACAAACGAAACACUGCCCAUUGUCCUCGACAGGUCGCUGGGCGGCGGAUGGCCUGCCGUCGUCGGCUCCACUGUUCUCAUUGUCAUCUUCGGUGAGGUCGUCCCCCAGUCGAUAUGCGUCCGCUACGGCCUGCCCAUCGGUGCCUGGAUGGCGCCCGUGGUCCAGUUCCUCAUGUACCUCAUGGCCCCCGCUGCAUGGCCCACCGCCAAGCUGCUCGACUACCUCCUCGGCGAAGACCACGGCACCGUGUACAAGAAGACUGGCCUCAAGACGCUAGUCGAACUGCACCAGACGUUGGGCGUCGCAGAAGAGCGCCUGAAUGAGGAUGAGGUUGCCAUCAUUUCUGGCGUCCUGGACCUCAAGGCUAAGCCCGUCGGCAACAUCAUGACGCCCAUGAAGGACGUCUUCACCAUGUCAUCUGACACCUGCCUGGAUGAGCCUAUGAUGGACGUCAUUCUUUCUGCUGGUUACUCGCGUAUCCCUAUCCACACACCUGACAACAAGUAUGACUUUGUUGGCAUGCUGCUUGUCAAGAUGCUCAUCACCUACGACCCCGAGGAUGCCCUGCACGUACGCGACUUUGCCCUGGCCACUCUUCCUGAGACCCGCCCCGAGACCAGCUGCCUGGACAUUAUCAACUUCUUCCAGGAGGGCAAGUCUCACAUGGUGCUUGUGUCCGAGUUUCCCUCAGAGUCUCACGGCGCUGUUGGCGUAGUCACUUUGGAAGACGUUAUCGAAGAGCUCAUCGGAGAGGAAAUCAUUGACGAGUCGGAUGUCUUUGUCGACGUCCACAAAGCGAUUCGUCGCAUGGCCCCAGCCCCACGCACACGCCUUGCCAAAAAUAAAGCUGCCGAUAUCUCUCGAAAGCCGUCCGAGCAGCCACUGCUGGAGGUGACGGACCUGGAGCAGAAAGACGCUCAACGCAAGCUAUCGGUACCAGACUAUGGAAGCAGCCCCUCCAGGCCUGCGAACUUGAUGCUGCGACGCCGUAGCUCUGGAGCCAAGGACAUAGUAUCUCCAUUCCGUACCGACGACACCGAUAUCCUCCAACACCUGAAGCACCUCGGUCCCUCGAACGCCGCCAACCGACCCAAGACAACCCGUAGCAAAACGGUCAAGAUCAAGCCUGGUCAUGUCGUGACACCCGCGCCCGCCAUUCCCGCGACCAUUCUUGAAAACAACCAGCCGCCCGUCGUAUCCCAGGACUCGCAUGCUCCUGAGGGAGGCGUUGGCGAGGGUUUAUUGGCAUCAGCCGGUCGCGAGGCCAGUGAUGGUGUUCAUGCUAUCGGUUACGGUACCAUGGCCCAAAAUGAUGAUCGCGUCUCUUGGAAAUCUGGCAAAUCCGGGCUAAAGAUUCUAGAAGAGCCAGCUUCUCCCAAAUCCGCCCCGCAAGCAAACGGCUCCAAUGCACACGACGAUGACGAUGAAGGCUCGAAGCAGCGGUCGCGCUCCGUCAGCACAAUCGGAUCCCUCCACUCCCGUAAUUCCCGCUCCAAGACGCCGCCCAGGAAACGCCACACAGCGCGCAGCGGCAGCAUCACGGAGAACAUUGUCGACGUGAACGGCGUGAAGAAGAUUGUCCUGGAGACUACCAGUUCAAGUGACUCCGACGACAAGAUGCAAGGCAGCCAAGCUGACGGUUCUGAAGAUCAGACGCCUUCGGACGCCGAGUCGACGAAUGCAGGAACAAAGGCUGACGGAAAGAAGAAGAGGAAGAAGCGAGGUAAGAAGAAGAGGGGCAAUGCUGGCGGCGACAGCAGCGAAACGCAGCCCCUGCUCGGAAACUGA